AUUUAUCGCAGGCGCGGAUGUCAGUGCGCACAAACGAGUUCGUUUAUAACCAUUUGAGGUUUGUUUUCAGAAAUGGCGGAAACUCAACUCGGAAAUUCGCACUUCCACGACGAAGAAGACGCACAUCAUAAUCAUCAUGUCCACUUUUCUGAGGAUGUUACACCAAACACUGAUAUUCAAGUCAAAAUGAAGGGAAAGUCAGAGGCUGAUGUGCAUGUUGGGUUUCUACAACUCAAACACAAAUAUGAAAUAGAGUUCAAUAUACCAAAAGCACCCGAAGCAAAGCUGUCACCACCAUCAGAGGCUGCGCCCACCUUAAGAAUCGUAGAGGUUACUCCAUCAGGAGAUGGCAAGGGGCAAAAAAUUCUUCUUGAGUUAGAUGCUCAUAAGGAGGGAUUAUUACACCACAAAUUUGUCCUUGAGAAUCAUGAGAAUAAAGAGAAAUUCAAAGUUGUGCUGCAUGCUCGAGUUUUAGGCAGCAAGAAAGGUAGGCCGAUGCUUAGAGAUGGAAUCAAGUGCAUACAUGUAGACAAAGAUGAUGAAGAUGAUGGGGAACAUAGUGACUGGAAAGGUUUUGAAUGAAGCUGUAUACAGCUUUGUUUAGUCCUCAAAUAUUUUACUCUAGGUAAACAAUGGUACCUUAUACAUGUAAAAACCUUUUAAAGUAUUUUUUAUCCAUCUUCCUACCCUGCUAGUAGAGCUUGCUUUCUAGCAGUUUCCUUAGGGUUGGUACAUCUCUUUUUUAUAUUAUAAUCACAGAGCUGUAGCAGGCCUCAAAAUAUUAGGGAUGGGGGACAAUACAGAAAUCUUAAGAAAAUAUUUGGGGGGCACAGCCAUGCCCCUACUGGGCAUUUUGUUUUAAUUGGGGGGGUCCACAUGCCCCUCGUGCCCCCCACUCUGCUAUGGCCCUGAAUUAACGUAAUGAAAGUUCUGCUAGUUGAGUACAAUCUUCCAAUUGCAUGUACAGCAGACUUUAAAGUUACCCGUGGAAUAUUUUAUAAAGCUAGAAUAGUUUAGAUUAUGAAUGAGAAAAAAAUAGUAUAUUUGUAUGUAUUGUACAGUGUCCAUUGAACUACAACUUUCUCCAGUAAGUGUUCCUAAUGACUCCAAUUAUGACAAUGCUGAUCGCACUGCCAUAUGUGAACUAGUGAAUGAGAAAGCCCACUUGGUCUCAUCCUUGGGGUCACGGGAAAAUGGUGUUAUCUGCAACCUAACCCCUGGGUCCAGGGGAAAACUUUUUUUUUCUUUUGUAUGAUACAAAUGCAGCGAUUUCAAAUUGCAAUUUAUAUUUUACAUUUUGACCAGUCGAUAUUCUCUGGCAAAGUAUUGCAUGUUAGAACAUUUUCUUAUUUUAAACUGUCAUGAAUCUCAUCGUCAGUACUGCCAUGUAAAGUAGUUAUUAUGAAAUCUCUGAAAGAGUCCAGUGUUUGUUUUGUGCUACCUUAGCUUUUAUCAGAUUACCCCUAUCUAGGGGCGUGUCCCGAGGGUUACACCCGUAGCUUCACCAAUGCUAUGCUAUCAAGUUCUCAAAUAUAUACUUUUUCCUUGUACUAAGAUUAGAAAAAAAAAUGCAAACGGAAUAAAUAGAACGUGAAAAUGAAAUUCUAGCACCUCUAUUGACAAAGUAACAACAGCACCAGAUCAAAACUUGUGAAAUUCUUGUGAAAUUGCUCUAAAUUGUUUUGAAAAUUGCUGGCUUCAAGAAAACAUCUGUAGUUGUUUUUGGAAACUCCCCAAAGUAAAAAAACACGGAUCAUUUAACGAGCGUUGUUCUCGUAUCAGAGUUGCAGGUAAUAAAGGAGAAAUGUAACGAUUGUAAUAAAUGUAUUAAAGGAGAAAUGUAGCACUUGCAA